AUGGGGGUUUUGGGCAGAGGUUCAACGCCCCAGGCCCUCGGCCCCAACGGACCCAAAUUUUUUUCCCAGCGGGAGGGAGUGUCUCAACGAAGGCGGCGACGGGGCCAGCAGGCGUGGGACCACAGUGCCUUCGGGGGCCUUCCGGGGCAGCGCUGGGACGCCUCCGCCCAGUGCCAGCUCUUCCUCAAGGACACCGACGCCCGGAUGGAGAAUGUGUCCAGGAUACACGAAGUGUGUGAAUCGGUAAGCUGCGUGUCGCCUCAUCGCAUCUCCGUCAGUCUCGCUGGACCGGCGCUCGAGGGCACACACUGCGGCGGAGAAAACUGGUGCCGCGGCGGGAAGUGCGUGCCCUGGGGCAGCGACGGCCCGCUCGAGGUCGCGGACGGAGGCUGGGGCGCCGUGACCACCAGCGAGUGCCAGUCAGUGUGCGUCGAAGGAGGCACAGGCUGGCAGGUGUCCCGACGCCCUUGCAAUAGCCCUGCCCCCAAGAACUCUGAGAAGGGCUGCGUAGGACCGGACCUGCGCGUGUCCUUGUGUUCGGACGAGAAGGUGUGCGGCGUGACCCCGAGGCGGACGGUGGCGGCGCUGGCGAGUCACAUGUGCAAGGCGGUCGCCGGGUUGAAGAAGGACAUCCUGCCGGAGGGACUGCAGAUGGCCUACAGCGCAGACCUCCCCUGGCAAGCGUGCGCCCUCUACUGCCGGAAGCGCAACUCCAGCAGCCUGUGGACGCCGCGCUACGAGUUCAAGGACAACCCGAGCGUGGCCGCGCACCUGCCUGACGGGACGCCCUGCCACGACGGCGCCUUCGUCUGCCUCAAGCGCCAGUGCGUGCCGAGGGAUGCAGCAGUAGCCAAUCAGCGUUCAGGAGCGACGGAGGUGAUACCUGAUGACGUCAUUACCCGCAGCCCCAACGAGGAUUAUGAAUUUUCUCCGAUCGACUUGGAUAACCUUUAUGAAUGAGAAGGAAACGACGACUUUAUUAUGAAAGAAAAGGAAAAAAAUUAGAUUUUAAAAAAGUUAGAAUGUAAUCUAGUCUUUAGAUUUAAAAAAAAAAAAAAACGAUACUGAGUGAUCGUGUUUUUUUUGUUUUUUUUUAAUUCUUAGUUGCGCAUUGUUUAUCUUUUUUGUUUUAUUGGUUUUGUUUUUGUUUUCCUUUUCUAGCUCUUCUUUUGUUUCCUUUUGAAUGUAUCAUAUUUUGAAUGAAUAACCAUGCAAUAAACGCGUUUGUUUAUUU